AUGGUCGAUGAGGAAGUAAAUACAGCUCGGUAACAUUAGAAUCCUGCUCAUAAAUUGGAGAUAAACACAUAACUAUCAACUUAGUAAAAUAAGAACUCAAUUCUUGAUAAAUCUAAGAAUGUAUGUGUUGCAUAGUAUGAUCUGAAGCGAACAACUUAAAAUAGUAAGGCGAGAAAGCAGAGCAAGGAUGUUAUGAAUAAUUCUGCAUAACAGAUAAGAUAAGCAUCUCUUACAAACUCUAACGCUAACUUAAAGAGGAUAAAUAACAAAGAAUUAACUCCAGCAAACGGCAUUUCAAGCUGUCGAAAUAUGGCUUCGAGUGUUUUGAGUACAGGAGGCUCUGGUUACACUGGUGGAGUAAAAAUUAAAAAAGUCUCUUAAGUACUUUAGCAAUAGCAGUUUCAAUAGCUAUAGAGUAAUCUAAAUGGCAAUAGUUCAAACCUUAACUCAACAAAUUAGUCACAUCAUUAGCAAAGCCAAGGUGGAAUAGCCUAAAGCGCAGGCAGUCAUAAGGCAAAGCUUUCAACUUCAAUAAGUUCAAGACUCUCCUAAGUAGAUCUAAAUUAAAAUAAGGAAAAUGAACAAAUCAACAAGAUUUAAUGCUUUAUGACUGAGUCAAGUCUUAGAAGACUUGACAAAUUCAAAUCAAUAUUCUGUGGAUAGACUAAGGGAGUUAGUUUUCUCUAGUAACAAACUUUGGCUUCAGGGUCAUAAACUAGAAAAGCAAGUGAAAGAUCACCAGAAAGUCAUAAAGUAAUAGGCUUUAAAUCCCCAGGAAGCGAUUCCAAUAACUAAUCUGUAAGUGAUCUAAAUGGCAGAAGGUAUCUCUAUGAUAAGCACAAAAGAAUGCUAGAUUAUUAUUCAAAUUAAACUAGUAAAAACCAAACUCAAAGCCAGAUCCACUUAAGAAAGUAAUUAUCAGGUGAGAUUGAUUCAUUUGAUAUAAUGAUGUCCCCUGGACAAAUAUAAUGCAAAGAAAAAAAUCAGAUAAAGGUGAUAGACAGCUUGACCAUUUAAAACAAGCAAAAUGAAUAAUUUGAGGUAACUAUCAACAUACCAAGUUUAAAUAAUCAGAUGUAAAACUCGAGGAUGCAGAAAUCUCAAAACUUUUUCCUCCAAGAAUCGGAAUUAAGACCUUAAAAGUCAUUGAACUCAUGCAAGCCCCCAAAGCCUCAGCAAGAUAUUCUACUUUCAAAUCGCAGAGACUUGAACUAACUUGAAACUCAAUCAAUCUUGUCAGACAACAAUACCACCUAAAUAUCUAAUUCAAUUAGCCUGCGAUGUAUUACGAUGCCUCAACCAUUUAACUUAUCGAGAUCUAACUCUCGUAGAAAUAAAGAUGUCCUGCUUAGGGAAAAGAUAGAAAAAGAAAAAAAAGAGCUUGAGGAUCAAGAAAAAAAAUCUCGCGAUACUGUUUUUAAAGCCAAAGAGAUUCCUAUUACUAACUAUGUGGCAGAUAUGCAGGCAUUCCGAUCUACAAAGAAUCUUACUUCAUUUAAAGAGUUUAAUUUCUCAAACACCCUAGGGUCAAGCUCAAUCCUCUCAAUUUCAUAGGCUAUUAGUUCUUAGAGAUCUAGAGAGCCAAGUAAUGAGGGUCUCACAAAUAAAACCAAUUAUUCUACAAGAUUUAAUGGUCUUAAACAAUCCACUUAAGUGAGGAAUAAUAAGCAUAAUUAGUACUAAAUGCCUGCUAGUCAUAAUCAAAGAUAUUAAAAAGAGAGGUAAAAGUCUAAAAGUAACACCAGAAAUGUCAUGAACGAUCUAAUGCCUGCUGAAAUCUAAGAGUCUUCUUUUAUAAAGAAGAUCAUCGAUGAGGUUGAGUAGGAAUAGGAUAUAUACAACGAAACUGAGAUAUUUAUGAAAGAAUAAGAAAUCUUAUUGAAUAAUUAAUCUCUUUUGGACGAGUUAUGA